AUGGCAACAACUAGAAGUAAAAGUAGUAUCAACACUAACCAUACUAAUGAAUCCAACAAUAAAAAAGCCAGAUAUAACAACACCAAACAUGGCAAUAAUUUUAAAAGGGAAAUCAACUUAAAAAACACUGGAUCUGCGGCUAUAGAUAAAUUGUCACAUGUGACUUUAAAUGAUGAACAAGUGAGUCUCAAGAAAAAAAUAUUAGAAUUUAUAUCCACAAAUCUGGAUAAUUAUAAAGAUAAUGAUGGAACUUGCGCCAUGUUUGUUAUCCAAGGUGAUGCUGGUACGGGUAAAUCUGUUGUUUUAAACGCUUUAUUUAAUGAUAUUCAAAAAAUUGCAGAAACAAAAAAUUUAAAAGAAGUUGAGAAGGACUUCCCUCCACACGUUAUCAAAUCUCUGGAACACACUAAAAACUAUUUGGUAGUAAACCAUCCAGAAAUGUUAAAAUUGUAUCAUAGAAUUAGCAAAUCUUUUCGAUACAUUAAUAAAUCAUCUUUGGAGAGACCCACUUCUCUAAUUAACAUGUUGACUAAGUCCAAAUCAAAGUGUGAUGUUGUUAUUAUAGAUGAAGCGCACUUAUUAUCCACUUCAAAAGAUGCAUUCAAGAGAUUUUAUGGCGAGAACCACUUGCAAGAUUUAAUGAGUUUGAGCAAAGUUUUGAUUAUUGUUUUUGAUGAAAAACAGUCUCUACGUAUGGGUUCAUUUUGGGGACAAACUUCUGAACGUAAUGGUGCUAGUUUAUCCACUUUUUAUGACGCACUUCCUGCAAAUAAGAAAAGCUGGUAUUAUUUGAAACAACAGUUUAGAGUUGUUGCAGAACCAGAUAUGUUACAAUGGAUCGAAAAAAUUAGUACAACUGGCGAAAUCUUACCAUUCCCACAAUCUGUUAAAACUAAGGAGAAAUCUAACUUUGACUUUAAAAUCUGGAGCGAUUGUGGCGCUAUGUAUGAAGAUUUAAAGGAGAAAAACAAACAAUUUGGACAAUGUAGAAUGCUGGCCACUUAUGAUUUCCCAUAUAGACUAGAUGGCAAAGAUUAUUUUGUUACAUGUGGUGAUAAUUUUAAAUUACGAUGGGACAGGUAUACUCCAAAGGCAAUUACUCCCUGGAGCGAACGUGACGAUACUAUAGAUGAAGUUGGUAGUGUCUAUACAAUUCAGGGAUUCGAUUUAAAUUAUGCUGGACUGAUUCUGGGUAGAAGUGUUGGUUACGAUAAAGAAACGGAUAGCAUUAAAUUAAAACCGGAAUAUUAUGACGACCAUGCUGGGUUCACUAAAAAAAAAAAUAUUAAAGAUGUCGACCUUGUUAAACACAAAAUUAUUAUGAAUAGUAUCAAUGUUUUAAUGACAAGAGGAGUCAAGGGUAUGUACCUAUACGCUUGGGAUCCUGAAUUAAGGGAGAGAUUGUUAGGAUUAACAUAG